AUGAACUUUGACCUACACCCAUCCCCUACUCAGCUCCAGCAGCCUACACUCAUCCCUUUCUCAGCUCUAGCGGCCUACACCCCAUCCCCUGCUCAGCUCCAGCAGCCUACACCCAUCCCCUACUCAGCUCCAGCGGCCUACACCCAUCCCUACUCAGCUCCAGCAGCCCUGCACCCAUCCCUCUCUCAGCUCCAGCAGCCUCUGCCCAUCCCUGCUCAGCUCCUGGCAGCCUACACACCCAUCCCUGCUCAGCUCCUGGCAGCCUACACCCAUCCCCUACUCAAUUCCAGCAGCCUACACCCAUCCCCUACUCAGCUCUGGCAGCCUACACCCCAUCCCCUACUCUCAGCUCCUAGGCAGCCUACACCCCAUCCCUUUCUCAGCUCCAGCAGCCUACACCCAUCCCCUACUCAGCUCUGGCAGCCUACACCCAUCCCUACUCAGCUCUCUAGCAGCCUACACCCAUCCCCUACUCAGCUGCAGCAGCCUGCACCCAUCCCUACUGAACUCUAG